AUGACCCAGGGACAGAGCCCCCAUGAGCUGGGGACAAGGCCCCGAGCAGGGUCAGCACCCCAAAGACCUGGGGACAAGGCCCCAGUGACCCAGUUCCGUGUCCCAGUGACCCAGGGACAGUGCCCCAGCCUGGGGACAGCGCCCGACCACGGACAGCACCCGGUGACUGGGGACAGUGUGCUGGUGCAGGACAGAGCCCUGAACAACUGCCUGGCCCGGCCCAACAUCUUCCUGCACCAGGAGAUCGAGCCCAAGCUGCUGAGCAAGCUGAAGGACAUCGUCAAGAGGCACCAGGGCACAGUGACCGAGGACAAGAGCAACGCGUCCCAUGUCGUCUGUCCUGUCCCCGGGAACCUGGAGGAAGAGGAGUGGGUCCGGCCAGUCAUGAAGCGCGACAAGCAGGUCCUGCUGCACUGGGGCUACUACCCCGACAGGGGAGGGGGGUCCUGGGCCGGGGUAAACAGCCCCGACUCGGACCGGCGGGACAAGAAGGGGGGCAACUACAAGAAGCGAAAGCGCUCGCCCUCCCCCUCGCCCACCCCAGAGGCCAAGAAGAAGAACGCAAAGAAGGGACCCUCCACCCCCUACAACAAAUCCAAGCGCGGGCACCGCGAGGAGGAGCAGGAGGACCUGACAAAGGACAUGGACGAGCCCUCGCCUGUCCCCAACGUGGAGGAGGUCACCCUGCCCAAGACAGUCAACACCAAGAAGGACUCGGAGUCUGCGCCCGUCAAGGGGGGCACCAUGACGGACCUGGAUGAGCAGGAAGAUGAGAGCAUGGAGACGGCCGGCAAGGUGAGGCCCGGGCCCGUCCAGCGCCGUCCCCUCCUUCCCAGCCCAGCGCUCCGCCAGGGAAGACGUUCCCACCCCAGCACGGGGGUCACCAUUGCUGAAUGGUCGCCUCUUUAUCCCUCUUGUCCCUCUUUUGGGUACAAAAAGGCCCCUUUCUGCCCUUCUCCUCGCCCCUGGGGCUGCAGGCGGCUUUGCCCUGGUCCAUCCCAUGGCACGAUUGGGUUUACG